AUGGGACCCCAUUGUUUCUUCAUCUUGAUCCUACUGAUAUGCUUCACCCCCAGCUCUGCUUUGGCUGGACAUAAUGAUAUAAAUACCUUGUUCAAACUGAGGGACACGGUCACUGAAGGGAAAGGAUUUCUCCGUGACUGGUUUGAUUCAGAAAAAGGCCCAUGCAGUUGGUCAGGUAUAACUUGUGUGGAACAUACUGUAGUGGAAAUAGACUUGUCCUCUGUGCCAAUUUAUGCCCCAUUCCCGUCAUGUGUCGGGUUAUUCCAAUCACUUGCUCGUCUCAACUUUAGUGGUUGUGGGUUUUCUGGUGAGCUUCCAGAUGCCUUGGGGAACCUGCACAAUCUUGAACAGCUUGAUUUGAGCCAUAACCAGCUUACAGGGGCCCUUCCUGUUUCAUUGUAUGGACUGAAGACAUUGAAAGAAAUGGUGCUUGACAAUAAUUUCUUUUCCGGGCAAUUGAGCCCCGCUAUUGCACAGCUUAAGUACCUCAAGAAGCUUUCUGUGUCCUCGAAUUCUAUCUCUGGCGCCAUUCCUCCAGAGUUGGGCAGUCUGCAGAAUCUGGAGUUCCUGGACCUUCACAUGAACGCACUUAAUGGGUCGAUACCAGCAGCUUUGGGUAAUCUGUCUCAGCUCUUGCACCUUGAUGCUAGCCAGAAUAAUAUAUGUGGCUCAAUAUUUCCAGGAAUAACUGCAAUGACAAACCUAGUUACAGUUGAUCUCUCUUCAAAUGCUUUGGUGGGGCCACUACCUAGGGAGAUUGGUCAGCUACAGAAUGCUCAACUGUUAAUAUUGGGACAUAAUGGUUUCAAUGGAAGCAUUCCAGAAGAGAUCGGUGAACUAAAGCUGCUGGAAGCGCUUGAGCUCCCUGGAUGCAAGCUCACAGGCAUCCCUUGGACAGUUGGUGAUCUCAGAAGUUUGAGAAAGCUUGAUAUUUCAGGGAAUGAUUUCGAUACUGAACUCCCGGCAUCUAUUGGCAAGCUGGGAAAUCUGACUCGUCUAUCUGCAAGGAGUGCUGGACUUACUGGGAAUAUUCCGAGACAACUUGGUAACUGCAAGAAGCUUGUACUUGUUGAUUUCAAUGGCAACUCCUUUUCUGGCCCUAUACCUGAAGAACUUGCAGGUUUAGAAGCCAUUGUCACAUUAGAUGUGCAAGGGAACAAUCUAUCUGGUCACAUUCCAGAGUGGAUCCGGAAUUGGGCGAAUCUUCGUUCAAUAUAUCUGGGGCAGAACAUGUUCAAUGGACCCCUGCCAGUACUGCCAUUGCAGCAUCUAGUUAUUUUUUCUGCAGAAACCAACAUGCUAUCAGGUUCUAUUCCUGGUGAGAUUUGUCAGGCCAACUCACUGCAGUCACUCAGGUUGCACAACAACAAUCUGAAUGGGAAUAUCAUGAAGGCAUUUAAAGGGUGCAAGAACCUUACGGAACUUAACCUGCAAGGAAACCAUCUUCAUGGUGAGAUACCACAUUACUUGUCUGAGCUACCACUAGUAACAGUUGAGUUGUCCCAAAACAACUUCACAGGAAGGCUGCCAGAGAAAUUGUGGGAAUCAUCAACUAUUCUGGAGAUCACACUCAGCUACAAUAAGCUUACUGGCCCUAUACCUGAAAGCAUCGGUAGGCUCUCCAGCUUGCAGAGGCUACAGAUCGACAGUAACUACUUAGAAGGGCCUAUCCCACGGUCAAUCGGCGCUCUAAGGAAUCUGACAAAUCUCUCUCUAUGGGGCAAUAGGCUGUCUGGGAACAUUCCACUUGAGCUCUUCAACUGCAGAAACCUUGUCACCCUGGAUCUAAGCUCUAACAAUUUGUCUGGCCACAUCCCGAGUGCCAUAUCUCACUUGACAUUUCUCAACAGCUUGAAUUUGUCUAGUAACCAGCUGUCCAGUGCUAUACCUGCUGAGAUCUGUGUUGGAUUUGGGAGUGCAGCUCACCCUGACUCAGAGUUUGUUCAGCAUCAUGGCUUGCUUGAUCUGUCAUACAACAGAUUGACUGGCCAUAUCCCAACAGCGAUCAAGAAUUGUGUUAUGAUUACCGUCCUCAACCUCCAAGGAAAUAUGCUAAGUGGUACCAUUCCACCAGAGCUUGGAGAACUGCCAAAUGUUACAACCAUCUACCUUUCUCAUAACACAUUAGUUGGCCCCAUGCUUCCUUGGUCUGCACCAUUGGUACAACUGCAAGGCCUUUUUCUCUCUAAUAACCACUUAGAUGGCUCCAUUCCUGCUGAGAUAGGCCAAAUACUUCCCAAAAUGGAAAAGCUAGGCUUAUCCAGUAAUGCACUUACUGGAACACUACCCGAGUCUUUACUCUGCAUCAAUUACUUAACCUAUCUGGAUAUCAGUAAUAACAGCCUCUCUGGACAAAUCCCAUUCUCUUGUCCUCAAGAAAAAGCAGCAUCAAGCUCCCUGAUAUUGUUCAAUGGGAGCAGUAACCAUUUCUCAGGGAACCUAGAUGAGUCUAUUUCAAACUUCACACAACUGUCUUUUCUUGAUAUCCACAACAACAGCCUCACUGGAAGUUUGCCCUUUUCACUUUCUGAUCUCAGUUAUUUAAACUAUCUUGACCUCUCAAGCAAUGACUUCCAUGGUCCCGCCCCUUGUGGUAUCUGCAAUAUAGUUGGCCUCACAUUUGCCAACUUCUCUGGUAAUCACAUUGGCAUGAGCGGCUUAGCGGAUUGUGUUGCAGAAGGCUUUUGUACUGGAAAGGGUUUUGAUCGGAAAGCACUUAAUUCAUCUGGUAGAGUUCGAAGAGCAGCAAUCAUUUGUGUUAGUAUACUCACUGUCAUCAUUGUCUUAGUUCUUCUGGUGGUUUAUCUGAAACGGAAGCUAUUGAGAAGCAGACCCUUGGCUCUUGUACCUGUCAGCAAGGCCAAGGCUACCAUUGAACCAACCUCAAGUGAUGAGCUCCUAGGGAAGAAGUUUCGAGAACCCUUGAGUAUCAAUCUUGCAACAUUUGAACAUGCACUUCUGAGGGUCACCGCAGAUGAUAUUCAGAAAGCCACGGAGAAUUUCAGUAAAGUGCACAUUAUUGGGGAUGGUGGGUUUGGCACUGUCUACAGGGCAGCACUUCCUGAAGGUCGGAGAGUAGCGAUCAAGAGGCUUCAUGGUGGCCAUCAGUUCCAAGGUGAUCGUGAAUUCCUGGCUGAAAUGGAGACAAUUGGAAAGGUGAAACAUCCUAACCUUGUUCCUCUACUUGGCUACUGUGUAUGUGGUGAUGAAAGGUUCCUGAUAUACGAGUACAUGGAGAAUGGGAGUCUUGAGAUGUGGCUCAGGAACCGGGCUGAUGCCAUCGAAGCACUUGGAUGGCCAGACCGCCUGAAGAUAUGUAUCGAGUAUGGCCAGACAAUGAAGUCCUCUACAAAAGGUGAUGUCUACAGCUUCGGUGUUGUCAUGCUUGAGCUGCUCACAGGGCGGCCACCUACAGGGCAAGAGGAAGGGGAAGGGGGUGGAAACCUUGUUGGCUGGGUGCGAUGGAUGAUGGCACAUGGUAAGGAGGAUGAGCUGUUUGAUCCUUGUUUGCCUGUCUCAAGUGUGUGGCGGGAACAGAUGGCCCGUGUGCUCGCCAUUGCCCAAGACUGCACUGUGGACGAGCCAUGGAAGAGGCCAACUAUGCUGGAGGUGGUGAAGGGCCUCAAGAUGGCCGAACCAAUAGAAUGUGGACCUCUGGUUGUGACAGUCACUAAGGACAUGCUCCUUGUAGCUGUAGCUGUACUGGUGACUGUAAUGAGAGAAACUAAUGCUGCUCAUGUUCAGGCUGUAGUUAUUGAUGUAACCUUUUCAUCUGGACCCAAGCAAGCACUUAUGAUAUGGCAGGGAUUGUUUAAGCACAUAAGAUGCAGUGACUAG